AAUUUCGUGCUCCAAAGAUGCGCAUUCCCCAAUUCCCAAUCCUAUCGUCACAACACGACGUGACGCACACUUCUCCACUCUCUGGAACUCUCGCCAUGCCUCCGGCUCUCGACGCCGCCUCGCCGACGCUGCGAACCUCUCGCCCGGUCUCCCGCCUCCGGCGCAACCACCGACACUAUCACGGUGUUCAUCUUCACCUCCACUACCGCUUCCCUUCCUUAGCCGCCGACGGCGGGGGUCGCGGUCGCUUUCUCCUGGUCGGCACAUACUCCGCUUCUGAUGGUAGCGCAGGACAGAUACAUUUUGCUUGCUUCUGUUAGGAUGUUGGUAGUCCCGAGAGCAUGGCAAAUUCAGGAUCUGCAUAUGUUGGUCUCUUUGUCCGAAUGCUUGGCUUGGAUAAUGACGCUCGUGAUAGGGAACAUGCUAUUUGCACACUCCGGCAUUACUCCCUUGGUGGACAGAAGUGCAUCGAUGAGAUAAUGCAGUUCCCAGGUUGCAUCAACCUCAUCAUCAGCCUCCUAAAGUCAGAGUCUGCUCGUGCUUGUGAAGCAGCGGCAGGCCUUCUGCAUAAUAUAACUUCAGUGAAGUUAUACAGGGAUGUGGCAAUUGAGAGUGGAGCAAUGGAAGAAAUCUUUAGCUGUAUCCGUAAAUCCACGAUAACCCCAGAGAUAAAGGAGCAGUGUUUGUGUACCAUUUGGAACUUUUCUAUUGAUGAAAAUUUGAGAUACAAGCUUUUGGGGAGUGAUAUGCUAAUACCAAUAGUUAGGUUCCUAGAUGAUGAAGACAUAAAAGUGAAAGAAGUUGCUGCUAGUAUCACAUCAUAUUUAACUUUAAGUCAUUCUUAUCAUGGAGCUCUGGUCGAAGCUGGUGUAAUUCCAAAACUGGUUCAUCUUCUGCAAACCAAAGACGAUGAUUAUAAAAUUAUCAGAAAGGAAGCUAGAAGUUCGCUCGUGGAACUAUCCACGGAUGAUAGUUACCAUGCCCUUAUAGUGGAUCAGGGUCUAGUCCGGAUUCCUCUGGUUGGCUCAUCCGCUUAUAAAGCCUUCAGACCUCAACCUCAUUCAUGGCCCUCUUUUCCUGAUGGCUCGGAAAUUCAACGGAGUUCUCGGCCUUCAAAAUAUGGUGCAACUGAAUUGCUUCUUGGCCUGAUUCCAAAUGAGAAGAAAGCAGAACCAGAUGAAGCUAAAAUUAAUGCUAUGAUAGGGCGUUCUAAUCAGCAAUUUCUUGCACGCGUUGGAGCUAUUGAGUUUGAUUAUGAAGGGAAAGAACAAUCUGGAUCUCAAAGGAAUGAUCACUACACCAUCUUACCUUGGAUAGAUGGUGUUGCACGGCUAGUUUUAAUAAUUGGUCUCCAAGAUGUCUCUGCAAUUGCAAAGGCUGCUCAUGCAAUCGGUGAUGCAUCAGUAAAUGAACACAUGCGCACUUCAUUCAUGGAAGCUGGGGCUGUGAAAUCUUUACUUCAGUUGCUGAUGCAUAAUGAUGUACCUGUCAGAGAAGCGAGUGCUUAUGCAUUGGAAAAACUAAGUGUCAGUUCCAAAGUUUGUGAGAAGAUCAGAGUAGAAGAUGGCCGAGAGCUGCUUGUAAAUGUACUGAAGGAUUCAAAUACCCCAGUAGAACAAUUGGAGAAGAUAAUCCAUAUACUUACUCGAAUACUUGAUAUGGAGGUCAGCAUGAUUACUGCGCCUGAUUACUAUGCUAGUACUGGGUCUGAGGAUAUAGUGGACGAUGAGAAGUGCAGUCAAGGUAAUGUAGAUGGUGAGCUCAAUGGAACGUCCCAAAAUUUGUUGAAACAAGACGAGUUGGAUAGAAAGUGCGUACAGAGAAUUGAUUUUAUCAUCUGUGGUGGACCUGCUGAUGUGUUUCUAUUACCUCGAUUAAUGCUAUUAACAUCGGUUACUGAUGACUGUAACAGUUGUAGCAAUUCAAUCUUUGACUUUGAUGUCAUCUCACGCUUAAUCAAAGUUCUCAAGGAAUCAUCUCCAAGCCUGCAAGAAAAAUGUGCUACUCUCCUGGAGCAUUUAGCAGCUUGUGAGCAACAUGGCACUGCAAUGACUGCUGCCCGCACUGAGUCAGUAAUUGAAGCUGUUCUAGAAAUGGGGGUUAUUCAUGGGACAACAUGCAAUCCUGAGAAUCUUGAUGAGCCUCCUACUAUUAUGGUUGAAGUCAGCCAGGCCGUCGGUGCAACUGUGAGGUUACUCACUAAGUUAUUGAACUUUGAUAUUUUUGCUCGCAGCAUAAAUAGUGUGAGAAUUGUUGCUCUGUUAAGAAGAACGCUCCAGUCCAGUGUUCUCCUACAGUCAAAGGAUUGGGUCACAGCAUGCCUCAUUAAGCUAGAAUCAAGGGGCUUGGUUGAUCGGAGUGUUGGUGAUAUAGGCAUGGAGAUAACUAUAUACCAUACUAUUCCCAGGCUAGUUGAGCAGAUGAUGACUUCAUUUUCUUCUGAAAAGAAAAGAAAAGCUGUAAUAGAGCUGAACAGGAUAAUAUCUGGAGGUGUCAUGGAAUACACAACAGCAGUUGCCACAGCUGGAGGCAUAUUUCCGCUGGUAAAGAUGCUUGAAGAGGGUGAAGGAGAUGUACUGGAAGCUAGUUUAGCUGUCUUGUAUAACCUAAGCUUGGAUCCAGAGAAUCACCCGCCAAUAAUUGCUGCUGGAGCAGUGCCUCUUUUGAAGCGAAUUGUCCAUGUGGAAAGCCCACACUGGAAUCGUGCUCUUCAGUUGCUUAGAACGUUGCCCGUAUAACAUCAUGGCACCGACUGACCACUUGAUCUCAAUAGAUGUUAGACUCUGGUUAUUGCGGUGACAGGUAUGUUGUAAACAUCAUGACCUGUUUCUAUCAACUGUUUUAUCCAAAUGGCUGAUCGAUGCUAUGCAAGAAUGCUGUAAAGAUCUUGACCUGUUUCUAUCAUCUGGAUGCCGGUCAGAUGCUAUGCAAGCAUGUAGCUACAACUUUUUUCUUUUUUGAUAAAAUAACUUUAUUUUUUGAAAGAGGAGGCAAGCUCAUUAAUUAGAGAGAAUUCCUUAUUUAACAUUGUCUUGAAAUAUUGUCUUAUUUGACUGAAUUUUUUCCCUUA